CCCUUCAUUUCCUCCACUCCAUCCAUCCUAUCCCUCUCAUUUCCCAUCCUCCCCGCCUUCUCCCUUCCCACCAUGGACCCCCAGCUCCUACUCGACUGCUUCCCUCACACCACCACCAUCACCCACCGCUACACUGCCGCCGCCGCCGCCGACAACAACAACUACAACCCUAACUACACCACCACCACCACCACCGCCGCCGCUUCGCAGCAGCUCCUCCCACCAGGCUUCCGCUUCCACCCGACCGACGAGGAGCUCAUCACCUACUACCUCCUGAAAAAGGUGAUGGACUCCACCUUCUCCGGCCGCGCCAUCGCCGAGGUCGACCUCAACAAGUGCGAGCCGUGGCACCUCCCGGAGAAGGCCAAGAUGGGUGAAAAGGAGUGGUACUUCUUCAGCCUCCGCGACCGCAAGUACCCCACCGGCCUCCGCACCAACCGCGCCACCGAGGCCGGCUACUGGAAGGCCACGGGGAAAGACAGGGAGAUCUACAGCACCAAAACCUCCGCCCUCGUCGGCAUGAAGAAGACGCUCGUUUUCUACCGCGGUAGAGCUCCCAAGGGGGAGAAGAGCAACUGGGUUAUGCACGAGUACCGCCUCGACGGCAAGUUCGCCUACCACUACCUCUCCCGCUCCUCCAAGGUCGACGAGUGGGUGAUCUCCCGAGUGUUUCAGAAGUCCGGCGUGGGUGCUGGCGGGAACGGCUGCACGGCGAGCAACAACAACAGCGCCGCCGCCUCCUCCGCCAAGAAGCCGCGCUCCAGCGCCGCGGCGAUGAGCAGCGGCAGCAGCGCUUACCAGGAGGUGAGCUCGCCGCCCUCCGCCGUCUCGCACCUCCCUGCUCUCCUCGACCCCACCACCGCCGACAGCUACUCCUACGGCGGUGGGCGCCACCACCAGCAGCAGCACGUGUCCUGUUUCUCCACUGGUACCAAUAGUACUACAACCACCGUUGCGGCGGCCGCCGCAUCCGAUCACCACCACCACCAACAGAUGAUGACGACGAUGUUCAACAACAACGGGCUGAUGAUGGCGCCUGAUCAUCAUCAUCAUCAUCACUACCAGAGGAACGUUCUCUCCUCGACUACUUCGGCUUUCCCCAGCCUGAGAUCUCUGCAGGAGAAUCUGAACCUCCCGCUCCCUCACCACCUCUUCUUCCCUCCUCCGGCCACCUCUGCCGCGGCUGUCGUCCCACCGCCGUCGUUUGGUGGCGGUGGGAUGAUGAGCUGGAUGGAGGAAGGGAAGGUCGCCACCGCCUCGGAGCUUGAUUGCAUGUGGACCUACUGAUCCUCAUCAUCAUCAUCAUUAAACAAUAUUAGCUAUUCUAAUAAAUAAAAGCGUUUUGUCUGUUUGAUGAUGAUUAGGGUUUCGUAGGGUUUAUGUAGUAGUAGCCUAGUAGACAGUGUAGCUGUGGAGGCUAGGGUUUGUGAAAAGUAGUGAACGUGUUGAAUAAUUCCAUCCAUGGGAUUUAUUAAUUUGAAGAGUAGUGGUGGUUGCUACAGAUGGAUGGGAUUGGGUGGGGGAAGGGUGUUGUCUCGUCUCUCAUGUCUUCCUCCUAUGUAAUGUUUGAUGUAAUGGGAAUGGGUGGUGGUGUUUGUAAUUUCCAUGAAUUGUCUUGUCGUUUGAUUUCCUUGGACUUUGUUUUUCUUUCCUUUA